CCUGCGCGUCCCCGUGGCCCAGAAUCAAGCGCGUUCCCCGCCGCGGGGCUGCGCGCGCGCACACAGUGUGAGUUAUCCAGUCCAGUGAGAUAUUUGGUGGGCAGAAUGAAUCGGGAAAGAUCGGAACAAUAAACACCAUCGUGGUGUUUUUUUUGUUUGUUUUUUUUAAUCUUAAGAACACCUUGUGGAUUCCUCUACAAUAUUUGUUUAUGCAUUUUGCCAGGAUCGUUUGCUUUACCGGUCACACCGCGUCCAAUGUCUUUUUGUUGGGUGAACGGAUAGACAAACUGGGACUUUAUCCUGUUGUGGGUUCUAGAAUACAUACACUCUGCACAACCACAAUCACAAACUAGCCGUGUUCUGCACAGCGCCCGGCUGCUUGCAGUCAUGUCCACGGCAAGGGUGGACUACAUUGCUCCGUGGUGGACAUACUGGCUGCACAAUUUUCCUCACAUCAACCUCCAACUUAAACCCGUGGACAGCAGCUUUAACCCGCAGGAGGAGAACUAUCAGCAGUCUCUGAUUUUCCUGGUGUGCGUGGUGGCCGCUGGCCUGGGCCUCAACCUGCUCUUUCUGGCUAUCUACCUGGGCUGCCUGUGCUGCUGCCAGAGUGACGGGGAGGACGAGGAGACCAAGAGACCCAGAUCCUGCUGCAUCACCUGGACAGCGGUCAUUGCAGGGCUCCUGUGCUGCGCUGCUGUUGGCGUUGGUUUCUAUGGAAACAGUGAAAUGAACGAUGGCGUGUACCAGCUGACCUACUCCCUCUACCAUGCCAACCACACCCUGAAUGGAGUCAACACACUGGUUUCGGGCACGAUGGACAGCAUGCAGGGCAGUCUGAAGCAGCACCUGGCCCGACUGGACGAGAUCUUUGCAAUGCGCGGCGAUUACAUCCAGACCCUGCGCUUCAUACAGCAGAUGGCUGACAACAUCAUCAUGCAGCUGACCGGCCUCCCGGACUGGGGUCAGACCAAAGUGGACCUGGCCAGGAUCGCUGACCAGACCAGCUACGUGGAGUACUACAGGUGGCUCACUUACCUGCUGCUGCUGAUCCUUGACCUGGUCAUCUGCCUGGUGGCCUGUCUAGGUCUGGCGAAGCAGUCUCGCUGGCUGCUCACCACAAUGAUGAUGUUUGGGGUCCUGACCCUGAUCCUGAGCUGGGCGUCGCUGGGGGUGGACACAGCUACAGCAGUUGGCACCAGUGACUUCUGUGUGGCUCCAGACAAGUUCAUCAUGAACCUGACUCACAGUGGAAUCAGCACAGAUAUUGUGCAUUAUUACCUGUACUGUAGCCAGAGCAUGCCUAACCCCUUCCAGCAGGCUCUGACAAUCUACCAGCGCUCAGUGACCACCAUGCAGAUCCAGAUUCAAGGGCUGCUCCAGUUCGCAGUGCCCGUGUUCCCCACCGCAGAGAGAGAUUUGCUGGGGAUUCAGAAGCUGUUGAAUGGUUCUGAAGCCAGCCUGCACCAGCUCACUGCCCUGCUGGACUGCCGGAGCCUGCACAAGGACUACCUGGACGCUCUGAUCGGUGUGUGUUACGAUGGGGUCGAGGGGCUGCUGUAUCUCAGCCUCUUCUCACUGCUGGCAGCCACUGCCUUCUGUGCCAUGCUGUGUGCCAUCCCCCGCGCCUGGAGACACUUUGAUAACAGGGAUCGUGAUUAUGAUGACAUCGAUGAGGAGGACCCCUUCAACCCCCAGGUGCAGCGCAUCGCGGCCCACAAUCCCGUGCGGGAACAGAUUCACAGCUUCUGCAGCUACAGCAGCAGCAUGGGCAGCCAGAGCAGCCUGCAGCCCCCCGCACAGGCCGUGUCUAACGCACCCGUCUCCGAGUACAUGAACCAGUCGGUGCUGUUCGGAGGGAACCCUCGCUACGAGAACAUGCCCCUGAUAGGGAGAGGCUCCCCUCCCCCCUCGUACUCUCCGAGCAUGAAGGCCACCUACCUUUCUGUGACUGACGACCUGCUGAGGCACUAUGGGAGUGAUUUGCAGGUGUAGGCGUGCCCUGGGGUCCUCCAUCUGUCUGAAUCCUGCACUGACUGACUGCCGCUGGUGUGGAGGAGUCGGUGACAAAUACUCCCUGUUAGGGAUAGUCCACUCUUAAUGGCAUUAGAGUUUAGCUUGAAGGAGGGGGGCGAUAUCUGUCUCUGCUCCCUCUCUGUCCAUCUCCCCACUAUUCUUAAUGGGGGCAUUUUAUUAUGUUGAUCUGUAUAGAUUAUAGAGAUGCAGGCCACACUUUUUUUAAUUUAAGAAUCAAUUUUUUAAAUAAUUAAUCAUUACCAUUGUAAUACUAAGGUUGCCCUAAUUACUGUACAUGUUCAUAUAAAACAGUAUUGCUAUAGCCAGUAAUUAUUAAUAGGUAUUUAAUAUCAUUUAUAACAUAAUUAUGGAGGCGUUGUUGGUUGUAUAGUAACAGUUUUGAGAUUCAAUCAGCCAAGGCACCUGUACCAACCACUGUGCCAUCUUUUAUUUAUUUUUUAUUUUUUAAUUAAAACUAUCCAGGUUAAUUGCAAUAAUUUAUUGAAAAUAUACAUAUUUUAGAGGAGUGUUCUUUUAUUGCAGAGUUGUAUUACAAUGGGAACAGGAAGUCUCCUACAGUGAAAUUGCUUCCAGGAUAACUAAUGAAAUAAUUUCAAAACUAAAAAGCAUUGCAGAUUAGCCUGUAUGUAUACAAGCGUACACAGGUCUGUAUGCAGGUCUGUGGCAUUGGAAAGAGUUUCAUUAAAACAUUCCUAAACUAAUUGCUCUUUAAUAGGUAUCAAUUUUUAAAACCAUUAAAAAAAAUAGACACUAGGUAAUAAGAAACUUUUAGAUUUUAUUAUUUUAAUGAUUUUUUUUGUGUGUAUAAAGGAACAAUUGAUGCCAUCAGUGCUAGGACUUAGUUAUUUGAUCUGUAGGCAUGGAACUGAAGUUUCAUGUGUACCCAGUCAAAACAAGAACAAGAAAUUAAAGGACUCCAGGCUUCUUCGUUUCACAAAUACUGGGACUUAUCAAGUACUCACACUUGUGACUUCAAUUAAUUAACAAUGUGUUAACAGAGUGUUGAUGUCUGUUCUAAAAACACAGGUUUGUUUUCAAAUUUUGAGUUGCAAGUUUGAAUUCAAUAUAAGGAUUGUUUAGAAGAGUACUUCUCUCGCAUGGGCCUCCAGUCUCUCCCGAUCCUGGUUAUUAUGACCAUGCAGGGGGGUUUACCCCAUCCCCUCCCUCCCUGCCUGCCUGCCUGCCUGCCUGCCUCCCUCCCUGCCUGCCUCCCUCCCUCCCUGCCUGCCUGCCUGCCUGCCUGCCUCCCUCCCUCCCUGCCUGCCUGUCUGCCUGGGCCAAAACUGUUCUCCAGCACUUCCACACCCUUCCUGUAAAUCUGAAUGACUGUCUGAACUCUUAAAAGCACAAAGUAGACCAAAUCUGAUUGUGUGCAUGACUGGGUUAGGGACCAAUGCCAUCUUUCCAUCAGUCUUCCAAGACCUCCUGGUUUAUAAAAACAAAAACGCCUUUUGUGUGUGUGUGUGUGUGUGUGGUUUCUAAUAUGAAGCAAUUCAACUCUGGUCUGGGCUGCAUUGCUACAAUAUCAGAUGGAUAGGAGGCAUUAGCCUCUCUCACUGAAUGACUGUUAUUGGAUCUUACAAAUAAAAUAAUCAUCUUCCAUUGCUGAUCUUGGUCUGCCUGUUCAGAAAUGCAUCUUUUUUUCUAUUUAGACUUAUUUGUCUUUUUAUUUCCAAACCAUUUUUUUUUUCUGUAAAAUAUCUUGUAUGAUAAUAACGUUGAUUUGUAAGUCUAUGUGCCACAAGUGAUUUGACACAUCUAAUAGGCAAAGUUUGUCUUGCUAGGAUGAAGGUGCAUGUCCAAUCAGAUCACCAGAUUGCUGGCCUUGCCUUUACCGUGCAGCCAAUCGAAGAAAGAGUGGGCAUGUACCUGCGUCUGUAUACAGGGCGGUUAAAAAGACAGAUGGUGUCCUUCGGUUCCGCUGAUUUUAUAACCACUGGUCUGUAGAGUUGAGAACCAGCCUAGCAAGUAAGCAGGGUUAAAGACCAGUAGCCAUGGCUAAUGACACUGGAACUGGUUCAGUAGCCGCUGUGGCUGCUGGCCUGUGGGCCAGCCUGCUGUUUUCUCCUCCACAGACUCCACAACCUUCACAGAAUCAUUACAGGUUACCUAAAGUCGUUCUGGGAGCCCUGCUUUUUAUGCAUACUGGAAUGCAAUUGGUUGCUCGCAAAUCAAACCUCAAACUCUCUGUUCUCAAAUUUUGUGUGGGGAGUGCAGUAGACAAAUGUAACCAACAGCAGAGCUGAGUGGAGUUAUAUCACAUCUUUAACACUGGGGCUUAAAUGACUCCCCCUUUUUAAAGUUUUUAUGGUUUGCCUUUUAUUCUUAUUAGUGCAUAGUGCCACCUUGUGGCCCAUGUGCAUUUUUAGCUGUAGUUUAACUUCUUGGCAUUCCAGAUUGAGUGCAGUAAAUUGCAAAUGUGGGAAUGGUAAACUCUCAGUUAUUCAAAUAGAUGUGGACAAUUAUUUCAGUGCUGGUUGCUUACGUUGCUUGUGAGGCCCACUGUCUUCCAGAGGAGAAACACAGCAGCCCUGAGCCUCCCAGACUGCGCAUGUCUGCUUUUUAAAUGUGUGGUUCUGUAGAAUCCCUGUAUGUAUGUAUGUAUGUUUUUUCAAAGCAUGUAGUUUGUUUCGUUGUGGCACCUUGCGCAGUGGGGCCUGGUUUUUAUGCAUUAUUAUUCCAGUACACCCCCCCCCCCCAAAAAAAGAGAGGAAUAAAAUGUUUUAAUACGUUA